GAUAUGAGUCUACUUGUCUCCUGCACCUGCCUGCCUGACUCCACACUGCAGUCUUACACCUUCCUCUUUAGUGUGCCAACUAACACCUGGAGAGUGAAAUCAAACCGGCUGGUGUUAAAGAUGGAGCUGUUGGCCGCUGCGCCUUUAAGACUGCAUGUGGUCUACAUCUCGCUGCUCCCAUGGCAGGCUCUGUAGGUGCACGCUUUCAAAGUUUGACUGGGGAAUAGGGGGGGUAACAGUGGAGACGGCAGCAGCAUCGCCCCGCCGGGAAACAGACACCAGGAAAUUAUCAUCUGAGGAGAGACGGGUUUGGAAAAAGGACCGCAGCUCGCCUGGGAGUGUCCGACUCCGGCGAUAAGAACAAUGGGAGAGAUGGCUGAGCGGAUUUUCGAUUUCUAAAUGGGAAACACAAGAAGGUUAAUGUAACACAGUGUUUGCUGGAAGGAGGGACUCCCGGCUGCAGCCUGCCCCCCUCAGCCAUGCCGCUCGUAUUCCGCACGCUGUUGUUCGGCUUUGUAACGCUGCUGGUUGUGGUUUUGAUAAUUGAUGAUAUUGCAGAAGUGGAGGAAGAAACUGCAAAUGCUGGACAUUCAAAGAAGAUGAACUUGCACCAGCUCAUCCCUAAACCACAAAGAAAGGCUGCAGCACACGUGGAUCCAACGGCUCUGUCGAGAUUGAAAGAUGUAAAUCACCUCAGUCCGAGCUACAGUAACACCACAAGGCUCUCGUCAAACGGCUGGACCUUCAACAAGACCCUCUCCAACCUCAUCAGAAAGAAUAUUCUGAGAUUUCUUGAUCCGGAGAGAGACAUCUCGAUUCUGAAGGGCACGCUGAAACCAGGAGACAUCAUCCACUAUGUGUUUGAUCGCCACAGCACCACAAACAUCUCAGAGAAUCUCUACCGUCUUUUGCCAACUGUGUCCCCCAUGAAGAACCAACAUCACAGGCGCUGCGCCAUUGUGGGAAACUCUGGGAUCCUACUGAACAGCAGCUGUGGACCUGACAUCGACUCACACGACUUUGUUAUCAGGUGUAACCUGGCACCUGUGGAGGAGUACUCUCGGGACGUGGGGUGGCGGACCAACUUGGUAACCAUGAACCCUUCAGUGGUGCAGCGGGCCUUCCAGGACCUGGUCAGCCAAGAGUGGAGGGAUCGCUUCCUGCAGCGGCUUCAAAGCCUCAGUGGCAGCGUGCUGUGGAUCCCGGCCUUCAUGGCCAAGGGGGGAGAGGAGCGCGUGGAGUGGGCCCUUCGUCUCAUCCUGCUGCACACCGUGGACGUCCGCACCGCUUUCCCCUCGCUGCGCCUUCUCCACGCUGUCAGAGGGUACUGGCUGACCAACAAUGUCCACAUCAAGCGUCCGACCACAGGGCUCCUCAUGUACACGCUGGCCACCCGCUUCUGUGAGGAGAUCCACCUUUACGGCUUCUGGCCCUUCCCACUCGACCCACAGGGCAAACCGGUCAAAUACCACUACUACGAUACUCUAAAGUACGAGUACACGUCCAGCUCCAGCCCUCACACCAUGCCUUUGGAGUUCAGGACCCUGAGCGCGUUGCACAGACUGGGGGCACUCCGGCUCCACACCGGGGCCUGCGCUGCGGAGAGGAGACCGCAGAAGGAGCUCAAAAGCAAAUAGCUUAAAAUGAGCAUCUCCAUGGAAACCACUUUGAGACUGUGGACGAACAUUUUUCUUGUUAACGUACUUUUAUGAAACUUGAAUUAACUUAUUUUCAGUAAUUGGAAUGAACUUUUUCUAUUUCAGGCUCUUGUAGUGACUUCUUUCACUGGCGUGUUUUACCUUUAAUGAGAUUUCUAUGGCAACCUUUAAAAUAAUGAGACCCUUUUUCUGCUCUUCAUGAAGGCCCUGUCAUGUCCAUCUGUCGGCCCCUUUGUUUUCUUAAAGAGACCAUUUUAAAAGUCUGUCCGGGUUUCUAGUACAGUUGUAAGUUACAAAUGAAGGUUUCAGAACACCUAUUUGUGUUUUCAAAAUUGGUCAUUAGACGCCACAAAUUAAUAUUCCCAGUUUAUGAUGUGAUAGGGCUCCAUUAAAGGUGUUUUGUUAUUUACCCAGCACGUCAACAUCACAAAGAGCUGCUGAAUUAACGGCCCCUGUGAGUCACUAUAUGGGCCACAAGAUGGAAACACUUAAUAAUCAGGGAGGAUGUUGAUGAGAGGAAAAAGAUGUCGGUCAACUGUUUAAACUUUUGUUUUUAUUUUUUUAGUGUGAUAAACCAACACGUGAAAACACAUUUUCCUCUGACAGAGAACAUUUUAAACUUUUUUACCUUCUUAUAAAGAACCGUCAUUGGUGUUCACAGUCCAACAUUUCAAAAGUCCACCCACCCAGAGCUGCCAUGUGAUAACGUCAGGUUACCUUGAGAGCCAAAUAAUGAAACGGAAGCACGUUGAAUUGUAUUCAGCUUCUGUGAGGAUAAAGAGGGAGUGUACCAGCUGCUCACAUAAGAAUGUUUACACAGACUUAGCCAGUGGUAAACUCACUUCUGUUAACUCAAAGAACACCAGCCCUGUCUCUGCACUGGAAAUGUAAGUAUUGAGGUCAGACUGUAGUGGUGUAGUAGUAAGAGGAGCUUAUUUUAAAUGAAUGUAUUGGUGAUACUCUUACAAAGGUUGUAAGAAAUGAGCCCCAUAAUGUGCUUUAAAUAAAUUCCUGGUCACAGUUAGCAACAGCUUAAGUGCACUGAGAGGAGGACGACCUGAUAACUUAUAUGCCUUCAUUCAUUUUAAUAACAUGAGUUAUACCUAUUUAGUGUGUUUGGGUAAACCAAUAUAGGUUGGUACAGAUAUUUUUAGAUAUUGAUUGACGUUGCCAGUAUUUUGUGCCUGUAAUCUAUAAAUUUGACCAUUUAAAUGUGGACCAUUCACAUGCCCAGAAAGAAAGGGUUAUUCUUCACAGCAGUGGUUCCCAACUGGUGGAGCAUGUAAAAAAUACACUUUAUUUUGUAGUACAGUGAAUUUCCAGUAUAUAGCUUUUAUUUUGAAGUGUCAUAUCCUGCUGUAGAGUUAUUGACUAAUGGACAGCUACUUGACAGAGACAGCAAACUAGCUCGACCAAACGUUAGUGUGACGCUGAAUAUAUUAAACAGUGUGGACCUGAAACUAAAGGCUCGAGAAAUGUGGACCUCGUUGCUGGACCAGUUGGGAACCACUGUUUUACAGGAUGGGAAAUAUAGAAAAAGUGUUUCAAUAGUUUCAUUUACUUCUGAAACCCAGAUAUGAAUAAACAUGAAAAAAAAACAAGUAAAUUUGAUGGAGAUUUAAUAAAGGAACAGUGUGUAAGAUUAUAGGGGAUUUAGUGGCAUCUGGUGGUGAGGAUUGCACAUUACAAUCAGCUGAAACUUCUCCUGGUUAGAAAUCCUAAAGCGUUCAUUGUUCAGGAGGUUUUUAUUACGAGCCGAAUUAUCUGCAGAGAUCCCAUCCUCUCCAAACCAAACUGACCAUCUGAUUAAAACCAGUAAAAACACUGAAUAAAGCAGUUUCACAUUAUAAAUCAGUGAUUCUCUGAUGCUGUUUGGUUUAUCACAGACGAGCUGUGAGCCCAGCGCCUGCAUCUGUGAGCUCACCUUUUUUCUCUGAUAACUUAAGAGCCAGACAUUCAGGAGGUUUUUUACCAGGAUCCAAAUUAUCUGCAGGGGUCUCUUCCUCUCCAGAACAAAUAAACUGCGUGACUAAAACCAGUAAAAUCACUGAAUACUGAAGUUUCUUGUCACAGUGGGGCUGCCAAAUACAGUGGCUGAUGUGAAAACCCAAAUGGCCCUAUCAAGAGCCAGUGUAUGGUUUCUCCAUUAUGGGCUACUGUAGAAACAUGGCAGUGCAACACGGCAAUAUCUGUGGAUGAGGAUCAGCUCCCUAUGUAGAUAUAAAUGGCUCAUCCUGAGGAAACAAAUUCGAUCACCUCAUACAGUUGCGUAGUGGCCACUCUCUGGUUCCCCACUGGUUAACACAUUUAGCUCUGUCAGCACUGUUGCUGUUGUUAGCAGUAAUUAUGAAGUUAGCUCUGUUAGCUGUUAGCCUCUGGCUCAGCUGAAAACUGUGUCCAGACUAUUCAUAGUCUCUGAAUUUCUAAAUAAAGGAUGCUCCUUAAUCACCAUACAGACAGACAGCAAGCCCUUUUGCCCUUUUAACAUUUCAGGUAAUUAUACUAAAGAAAACAUACUUAUUAUGUUAUAUUCCAUUUGCAUCAAUAUAUCCCCCGAAAUCCUACACGCUGUACCUUCAUGGUAAAGGAAGAAACUUAAAUUCUGUGUUCAUUUUAAGGGUAGUAUCAGACAGAUUUGACAAACUCAGUUGGGUUUUAUUUCUGUACUUUCAAGUACAAAAAUCAGUUAAAGUCUUGAAGUUCAGC